AUGAUCGAAGUUAUUCUGAAUGAUCGAUUGGGAAGAAAAAUUCGAGUAAAGUGCAAUCCAUCAGACACAGUAGGCGAUUUGAAGAAACUAGUUGCUGCACAAACUGGAACACGUCCAGAGAAAAUUAGAAUUCAAAAAUGGUAUAUCACUUAUAAGGACCACAUUACUCUUCAGGAUUAUGAAAUCCAUGAUGGGAUGGGUCUAGAAUUGUAUUACAAUUAUAAGGGUUUGUUCUAUACACAAGUGAUGUUAAUUUAG